UGAAGGAUUAUGGCUGGAAUUUGAAUUUCACAGCCCUUAAACACCCCAAGGACACAGCCCGGAGACAGAGAGUUGCCGUCGAAAGGCAAAAAAGAGAAACAUCUAAAGGCCUUGAGCCUCUAUAGUUUUAUUGGCUGACAGGAUAACUGGUUUGUGGAUCCCUGACUGAAAAGUUUCAGUUGGAGUUUGAGAGUUCUGCAGGAUAUGAUUGGUUAAGCCGUUUGAGGCUUACACGUAUAUCUGCCUCGCCUCAAAAAUUCCUCCGACUGACUCCGACUCAGCAGUUUCAGUUAAGAAGUCGAAGAGGCAUGCUGGGGGAGAAAGAGAGUGGUACUUAAUAAAGAAAGAGAGACAUGCGUGGUUGGUAGGGGUUGCUACGAUGCUUCUCCCCUGAGUGGAGGAAAGGGAGGUCCUACAGGGAAGUCUAUCCAGAGAUAACAAGACUCUGUUCCAGAAGGUUCUGAUGCUACAGCUUACCCGGGGUCCUCGGGAACUUUACUGCGCAAAAAGUAGUUCCAUCUGCAAGUCUACAAAUGGGCCGGGUUUUUGUAUUCGUAACACACGUAAUGGACAAACCAGGGAGGCGUUGAUGGUGUGGAACUGACAAGUCAUUGCGGUCUGCCUGACAGCUCCAAGACUUCCUCUCUCUCACUCUCUCCCCCUCUUUCUCUCACACACACACACACACACACUUACAAGGAGGGGUGUGUGUGUGUGACCAGAGUGUAACUAAACCAAACGUAAUCUUACAGAGAACAGAGUGUGCAGGGGGUUUAAUAACACUCAAAGCGCAACCUGAGAGGAGGAAGGACAGACGACACAUACCUCCGCACAAGCAGACGAGCUGGAGAAAAGAGAGAGAGGAAAGAGGGGGACAAAAAAAAACUACCUGGCCGUUUGGAGAAAGAGAGGAAAGACUGACCAUCCUCCUCAGCGCUUGAGAACGCCGGCCGAGCGAAAGAGAGAGAGAAACGGGAAGGGAAACAAACAGGUGUGUGUUGUUCCAUUUGACACUCCCUCGGUGGCUCCCUCUCUCCCUCCCUCUGGGGGGGCGGGGCUAGUUCCCUGAGGGACAGCCAGGAAGACCAGUCAGUCUUCAGAAUCAGCCACUGUGACACAAGCGAGUCCGCUCGGCUCCCAUCUCCUCCUCAUCCACCUGCCUUAAGCCAGCGUUCUCAAGAUGAUGGAAGAAAUCUCGAUCAAGGUGGCGUACGACGCUCACGUCAUCAACCAGUUCUGUGAGGAGGACGUUCUGGCCAACCUGGUGGCCCACUCCAAGCCCAGACACGUGGUGCCCACCAAGAAGCUGAAGAAGUUUGAGAAGGAGUACCUGUCCUUCAGGGAGAGCCAGCUCCAGCAAGAAGACCCUAUCGACCGUUACCAGAGGGAGAACCGUCGCCUACAGGAGGCCAGCAUGCGUCUGGAGCAGGAGAACGACGACCUGGCGCACGAGCUGGUCACCAGUAAGAUCGCCCUCCGCAACGACCUGGACCAGGCGGAGGACAAGGCGGACGUGUUGAACAAGGAGCUGCUGAACACCAAGCAGCGCCUGGUGGAGACGGAGGAGGAGAAGAGGAGGCAGGAGGAGGAGACAGCACAGCUGAAGGAAGUGUUCAGGAGAGAGCUGGAGAAGGCCGAGUCAGAGAUCAAGAAGACCACAGCCAUCAUCGCCGAAUACAAACAGAUCUGCUCUCAGCUGAGCAGCAGGUUAGAGAAGCAGCAGGCCGCCACCAAGGAGGAGCUGGACAUAGUCAAGAGUAAGGUGAUGGCGUGCGAGCGUUGCCGGGAGGUGUUCAGUAAAGAAGGGCCCCUCCAGAUGCCUCCGCCCAGCAGGGACUGCGGGCCCGGCGAUCAGGACGAGGAGAAGGACUCUCUGAAGAGCCAGCUGAGGGAGAUGGAGCUGGAGCUGGCCCAGACCAAGCUGCAGCUGGUGGAGGCCAAGUGCAAGAUCCAGGAGCUGGAACACCAGCGGGGGGUCCUGAUGAACGAGAUCCAAGCAGCCAAGAACUCCUGGUUCAGCAAGACCCUGGGCUCCCUGAAGAGCUCCGGCAGCUCCCAGUCCUCCCAGCCGCCCUCCUCCCCUAAGGAAGGGCCCCAGUGAGGCCCCGGCCCCAGAACUGAGAGAGGUGUGGAGGACACCAUGCACACGAGAGCCCUGAGAACACGAGCUAAAGGAACGCCUACAAUGAUGCAGUAUCCUCUUUCCAAACAAGGGGGGG